AUGCUGAGAUCACAGCUCCCAGGCUUCAUUCGGGCCUCAACCCGGGCAUAUUCCACAGCUUCUCGUUCCGCUUCUUUUGCUGGAUACGAUGCUCUUCGCUCUUCUGUGUCCUCCAGUGAGCCUUCUUACACUUUUGAUGUUGCACAUGCCGACGCCAAGUUCACUGAGUUUUAUCGCGAAGUCCAACACCGGUUCCGACCCCUCGACAUCCCAGCCAAGUUCCGUCAUUUGGUUCUGCGACCCAAGAAUCUCACAAUCCUUCGUUCUACUUCUGAACACGUUACCGACAAGGCCGGCAACACACUGCGUGACUCGGAGGUUAUUCUUGCGCGACCCUCCGGCAAACUUCUCAUGCGUCUCAUCAAAACCGCUUCAGUCGAGACUCCUGAGGAAGCCAUCGAGGCUGCCCUUGAAGAAGGUGAGGAAGCCGAAGCUAACCUGUUGGUGAAGCCUGUCGAAAAAAUUGCAGCUGUGCGUGCGAUUUUUGACAGAUACAUUAAAAAGUACCCCCAGCAGCUGCUCCCAGAGCAUCUCGCUGCCCUGCUCACCACUGCUGCCAAGGGCUCCGCUCUCUACCCCACGCGCUCAUACAUUUUCGAUUCGGUUCUCCCCAAGGCUCCUCAACUCCUUGAUAUCACCGUUGCCCGCGAGGCUUUACGCAUCUACGCCAUCCGUGCCGUCGUAGUCCCAAAGGUCCAAACCGCAAAGGACCUGGUCCGCCUUUAUACCACUCUGGCUUCUCUGCUGCCCGAAAAAUCUCUUGAUGCUGAUGCUCAAGCUCAAUGGAUUGUACUUUAUGGUCUCAAUGCAACCUCUGCUAAGGACCUUGCUGCUCCCUUUGCUACCCGUGCGGCUGCUCUUCCUACAGACUUGGCCAUUCCUUCGUCGUCUUCUCCCAACAAACGUGUCCCCCCAGGUAUCCGCCAAUACAUGUUUGAUGCCCAACUGGCCACUGUCGCCGUGGCUGCUGGUGGUGCACCAGGUCUUGAUGACAAAAAACUUGCCGAAUCUCUCAAGGCUGCAGACAAGAUCCGCAACAAGAAUGGUUUGGGCGAAUUCCCAUUUGCACGCUACGUUGAUCAGGUCGGCCGCGGCAUUCUCGCAGAGACCGAGGCCGAGCGGGCUCGUCAUGCUCCAGCCACUGCCGAGGAGCAGGAGGAAGAACCUGUUCAGGAAGAAGAAAAGUAA